AUGUCUUUAAAAUAUGUAAAAAGUGAAAGAGGUUCAAAUAUAUUAGUUGAUGAAGGUUUCAUGUACCAUUUCGAAAAAAAUGGAGUACAAAAGAAAAUAUGGAGAUGCGUACGUUUUAAAAAUAAAUGCCGAGGCYGCGUUCAUGUUAUUGGUGAUAUCGAUAAUGAGAAAAUUUCAAAAAAAAUUGACCAUAACCAUGUUCCUGAUAUUACUCAAAUAGAAGUUAAAACUGCAAUAAAUGAGAUGAAAWUAAAUGCAAAAUGUAMAUCUAAUUCCACGCAUUCAGUCAUUGGAACACUUGCUUCUCAGGUAUCUGCUUCAGUUGCUGGACAAUUACCGAAUGUGCCAACUUUAAAAAGAACCGUUCAGCGAGUUCRUCAAUCUCAUUUAGGAGCUCCAAUUAAUCCUCAAAAUUUUAAUUUUGAAAUUCCAGACCAAUUCACGAAAACAACGAAUGGUGAGCAAUUUUUACAAUUUGAUAAUAAAUCUGAGACAAAUCGAAUUCUAUUAUUCUGUACAAAACGGAACCUCGAAUUAAUGGUUAACUGUGGCAAUUGGUUUUGUGACGGAACAUUCUCAUGUGCCCCUCAAAUAUUUCAACAACUUUAUACUAUUCACGCUGUUUAUUAUUCGAACGUUAUUCCUUCUGUGUAUGUUUUACUACCCGAUAAAAAGGAAAAUACAUAUAAAUUAAUGUUUCAAGCUUUAAAGUCAUUAAUAUCUAAUUUAAGCCCGCUUAAUAUAAUGAUGGACUUUGAAAAGGGGGCAAUGAAUGCUGUCAAAUUUGAGUUUCCAAAUGCAUCUAUAAAUGGAUGUUUUUUUCAUUUAUCCCAAUGUGUAUGGCGUCACGUUCAAGAAACUGGAUUACAAAAAAAAUAUAGAGAAAAUUCAGAUUUUGCAUUAUACAUACGAAUGUUACCAGCUUUGGCGUAUGUACCAACAAAUAAAGUUGUUGAUGCAUUUGAGAAACUUUUAGACACAGAUUUUUAUAUUCAAAAUGAAGAGGUAUUGAUGCCAUUAAUAGAUUAUUUUGAGGGAAAUUGGAUUGGUCGUUUACACAGAAGAAUGGAACCACCAUCAAAAAAAAUUUAUAAAGAUCGGAGUGCUAAAAUCAAAAAAAUUUGUUUGGAUUAUGAUAAUAGAACAAUCGAAGACUAUCUUAGAGGCAUAGCACAUAACUUCCAGUUACAGAUAUAA